CUUUGUCUGCUGAUUCUCGUCCGUCAAUCAGAAUGGAAGGUGCACCAAGAGGACGUGGUAGAGGGCGCGGACGUGGCCGUGGGCGCGGUAGGGGAUUUGUACCCGAAGAGCCUAUUCCACAAGUAGCACCAAAUCGCACAGCCGAGGAAAAAUUUCGCAAGGAAAAACCCCCAACGUUUGAUGGAUUGGGCGAACCUGCGGAUGCCGAGAAAUGGGUUAGGGCAAUAGAACGGAUCUUCAACUACAUCCGUUGUGACGAUGAGGAUAAAGUGGCAUGCGCAACUUAUCAGUUGGUGGACGAAGCUGACUUUUGGUGGGAGUCAGUGAGGCGGACUAUGACUGACGAACAGUGGGAGAAUUUCACAUGGGAAGAAUUCAAGGCUGAAUUGUAUGAGAAGUAUAUACCAGGAUGUUACCGACAAAAGAAACAGAACGAGUUUUGGAAUUUGAGACAGAAAACGGGAACUGUGACCGAGUAUGAUAGAGCCUUCAAUCAGCUAUCAAGAUAUGCUCCGACGUUGGUGGACAGCGAUGAGAAACGCGCAGAGAAGUUCAGAAACGGACUGCGUCACGAGAUAGCGAUUUCCCUAGCAAGUCAAGGCGGUCUCACCUACGCGCAGACAUUGAGCAGAGCCCUCACUAUUGAGUCAUUGUUGCCAAGGGAGAAAGGAAAAUCCCCCGAACAGUUUGGAUUUGUACCAUCUCAAGAUGGUAGUAAGGGAAAGAGAAAAUGGAAUGAAGGGACUGGUGGAAACAUUGGAAAUGGGAAGAAACCAUGGACGGCAAAUCAAAAUCAGAAUCAACAUCAGAACCCACAACCUCAAGCAAUAGUUCAAACUCCUUGCCCAAAAUGUCAAAAACUCCAUCCAGGAGAAUGUCUGAAAGGAAUGAACGUCUGCUAUAACUGCGGAGAGGCCGGGCAUUAUGUCUCGACAUGCCCAAAGAAGGGAGGAGGAGCACCCCAACAACAAAAUCCUGGAAACCAACAACGACAAAACCAAGGUCCUAGAGGAAAUCAGAACCAACCACGAUACGCUAGGGCCUAUGCCCUUAACCAACACCGAGCAGCAGGAGAUCACGGAAACCUGGCAGGUACGAUUAAUGUUUUCGACAUGUCGAUUAUAGCUCUAUUCAAUAUUGGAGUAUCCUAUUCUUCCAUUUCAUAUGUUGCUUGUAAGAAAUUAGAAUUUACGCUAUAAUCGUCCGUAACAACGAUAAAAGUUAGUACAACUGACGAUGAAAGACUGUUACUAAGGACGUCACCGCGAACUCAGAGCUCGAUAUAGGCGCCGAAACAUUUUGACAUACUUACAUGUUAUUCCUAUGAUAGAAAUUGACGCAAUCCUCGAAUUGGUUGACUUACUCAAGUCAGCGCCACGAUACUUUUAACAAGAGAAAGAUCCCUCUUCAAUCUUCAGGAGAGGACGAGACAAGUUUCCACGACAUAACGACGUACCAGAGUUUGAGGAAAAUUUUCUAGUUUGCUAAACGAUGUCGCGCUGUUAGGGAAUUAAGUACGUAUAUGAUUUAGUGCCGCACAAGAGUUGAGUGGAAUGAAAGUCUAGUAUCCAAACUAGAUGACCCAGAUAUGCAAUUUCGAGGACGAAAUUUUUAUAAGGAGGGAGGAAUGUAACACCCCACCCAUUUAUAUUAAGUUUAGAAUUUAAUUUAAACUUAGAUUUAAGAUGAUUCACGCCGGAUAAAAGAAAAUGAAUUUAUUUUUAAUUCCAACAAAAAUGAUUUACAAAAAAACAUUUGUAAAUUUAGUUAUUAAAUUUAUAUGCAUUACAUAUUUAUUUAAUUUAACAUUUAGCAUCUACACGAGUUAUUUAUUUAAGCGAACACUGAAUGAUUAUUACAGUUUUCAUUAUAUUUUAUUUAUUUCUUUUCCACUCACACUUUACACUACACUACACUACACGAUAUAUUUUUUUUUUCCCCACCAAUUUCACCCACUCUUCCACUCACACUUAUAAGCUGACCCACUCUUCCACCCACACUUAUAAACUGAUUUCACCUAUAAAAGCCUCCAUCCUUUAACGCCUAUUCAUCCCAAAAUCAAUUCUUCUCAUUGAGCUUUCUACUUAAUUCAGUUUCCCAAUCUUGGGCUUCUUCUCAAUCAUAUUCUACAGCAGCUGAACAAUAGAAUAAUCUCAUAAUAAUUUCAUAAAACAAAGGAUCGCCUUUUACUCAACCAUCGACUGGUAAACCCAAAUCUUUCAUGGUUAUAUCAAACACAGCAUAAGCACCUAUUUCACAGACAGUAAAUUGGCAUACAUAUAUACACAGAUAAUCAUCCUUCAUACCAGAGACUUAUACAGACUUUUAUUAACCGAUCGUUUAAACAAGAAAAUAGAAGAAACAAACAGAAUGAUACAUAUACAUAUACAGAACAAUCUGCAUAAUUGCUUUAUUUUAUAUUUUUGAAUGAAAGAGCCAACUUUCCAUUGAUUUGAGUGUUGGUGUAGCGUGAGUUCAGUUGGGGCAACGAUUUUUGACGGCCACAGGCUGUCCGGCAAGGGGGGAGAGAAGAAGGCGGCGACGCCGCCGCUGUAGACGACUGUGGUCGGCGGCGGUGGUUUCCCUGCUGCUGGCACGCUGUCUGUGAGAGGAGGAGCUACGGCACGGCGGCUCUCCCCGCUGCUGUCGGGCCGAGGAUAGAGAGAGAGAGGGUGAGAAGGGCGGCGGUGGUUAGUUUCCGCUGCUGCGGCGGCCGGAAAUAAGCCAAGAGAGAGAGAGACUCGAGGGAGAUGGCAAGGCACGGCGGCAGCCGCCUCAUCUGCUGCCGUUGUCAGCCAGUUUGAGUGAAGGAGGGGGGAAGUCCAGGCGGACGCCGGAGUUCCAGGAGAGAGGAGCGGCUGCCUCGCCGGAAGGAGGAGCGGCUGCCUCGCCGGUUUGAUGAGUGAGGAUGAGGGAGAAGGGGGUGGUGGCGUGAACCGCGAGAGAGAGAGAGGGACGGAACUUUGGGAGAGAGAGAUUGAGAU